CAGGCGCACUGGAGCCAGCGCUGAGAGUGAGAGGGACAGAGAGUGGGGAGCCGGGGAGGGAGAACGAGAGGUGACGGCUCGGCCAGCUGUGCUGCCCCCUCCGCUCCAGUGUCGCUCGUUGUGUAGUCCGCCGGCGCUGCUCACAUCGGUACAGCAUGACGGAGCCGCAGUCUGCGCUCCUGCUGCGGAGGCAGCUCGCAGAACUAAAUAAAAACCCAGUAGAAGGGUUCUCUGCAGGUUUAAUAGAUGACAACGACCUAUACCGAUGGGAAGUUCUUAUUAUUGGUCCUCCUGACACAUUAUAUGAGGGUGGUGUAUUCAAAGCGCAUCUUACUUUUCCAAGAGACUAUCCCCUAAGGCCGCCAAAAAUGAAAUUCAUUACAGAAAUCUGGCACCCGAAUGUUGAUAAGAAUGGUGAUGUGUGUAUUUCUAUUCUUCACGAGCCUGGAGAGGAUAAAUAUGGCUAUGAAAAACCAGAAGAGCGCUGGCUACCUAUCCAUACGGUGGAAACUAUAAUGAUCAGUGUCAUUUCUAUGCUAGCAGACCCCAAUGGAGACUCCCCUGCCAAUGUAGAUGCAGCAAAAGAGUGGAGAGAAGAUCGUAAUGGUGAAUUUAAAAGGAAAGUUGCCCGCUGUGUAAGAAAAAGCCAAGAGACUGCUUUUGAGUGACAUUUAUGCAGCAGCUAGUAGCUUCACAAUUUCAGGGUCUCCAUUUGAGAAACAAGGCACUGUUUUUCCUGCACUCUACCCACCUAUUGCUGGACUUUUUGUUGUAAUAAGUUGGCAAACACUGGCUGGCACCGGGGUUGCAAUAAAACAUGCCAGUUACCAAUGCUGACAAGAGCCUAAAAAGUGCCAACUUAAAGGUGAUUUUCGCAUUUCAAAAAUCUAAAGAACUGCUUUAAACUUCAGGAAGAAUUGUACAGACCUGUACAUAGCACAACAUGAUCUGGAUAAUAUAUAUAAUGUUCAUGUACAUCCAUAAAUAAACAUUGUACCAAAUAAUGCUUUCUUGUUAGGAAAACAAUUAAGUCUGAGAAUGCAAACGGAGCAAGAAAUGAAGGAAGAUUGCUUGAACUUGGGGUUUGCCAGUCCUUUGUUUUCCAGAUUUCAUUCCUCCUUCUCCUGUCUUCAGUGAAACGUGUGCAAACAGUUGGACAGAUUUCAAGCAGUGCAGGGUCCCCCUUCUCUCCUGACAAGUGCUGGUCAAGUCUUUCAAAAUGAAUCUUCCUUCUGCUCUCAACAUUGAAACAAUCCUUUCUAUGCAGAAAACCCCUUUAGUGCUAUUGGUGGGUAAAUACUCUGUUGGUUUUAAUUUUCCCUUGCAGCAAGAUUUUAGAAUACCCCAUUCUCUGCCCCAACGUCUCCCGCCUUAUUGUCUUUUGGCCUCACAGGCUUAUGACUAGACAUACUUUUCCUAAAUAUUCCCUGCAGAAGUUUGGUUACUUUUUUGUGAUAAUCUAUAUUUAACCCCUAAGGGGACUAUGACUUUUGGUAACUAAACUUCUGAAGUGCUUAAUGCCCCAGUGAAUGUUAUGUGAAACCCUUGGUUCUACUGAGUCUAUGUACACACAUGCUGCUCAUCCUUGCUGUACUAAAGUUUGUUCCUAGAGCCCUAAAACCCUGCUGCUUUUAUUGAAGCAACCAGUGAAUGAAUCACUUGUAUUUCCUCUACAAUACUUUACCUUAACUGCCUGGUCUUGAACUUUGAAAGAAGGAAAGCAUGCAUACGUGUCAGUUUAUUAAAUUAUCUUCAGGGUUUGACAUAAUGUUGCAUUUUCUCUUUUUUUUUUUUUCUUCUUCUCUUCUUGUCUUCUACUUCUUUCCCUUUCUUAAGUGAUGUUUUCCACCUCAGCUCUCGUAUCAUUCUUAAUUCUUUUCAGCAUUUUUCCUCACCCAUUGUACAAAGAGAAAAUUGCGAUGUAUAUUUUCAUGUAAUUUGAUUUUGGAAUUCUGUCACUGUAGUGCGUUCUUCCAAAAUAUAAUUUUUUUUUCCA